AUGAAGCGUUAUGUUUACAUCGAUGACGACGAGUCAUCUCAUGAUCUUUACUGUGAUAAUCGAAUAUCAAAUAGGAAAUAUACUUUAUUGAACUUUCUUCCAAAAAAUUUAUGGGAACAAUUCAGCCGGUUCAUGAAUCAGUACUUUUUGCUGAUAGCUUGCCUGCAGUUAUGGCCUCUCAUUACUCCAGUAAAUCCUGCCAGUACAUGGGGUCCACUUAUCUUUAUUUUUGCAGUCUCCGCGUCAAAAGAGGCUUGGGAUGAUUACAAUAGAUAUCUUUCAGACAAAAAGGCUAAUCAGAAGGAAGUAUGGGUUGUUAGAAAAGGUGUCAAGAAACUUAUUCAGGCCCAGGAUAUUCAUGUAGGUAAUAUAAUAUGGCUACGUGAAAAUGAUGAAGUGCCCUGUGACCUUGUUUUGAUUGGCACGUCUGAUCCCCAAGGAGUUUGCUAUGUAGAGACUUCUGCACUGGAUGGUGAAACUGAUUUAAAGACGCGGGUCAUACCUCCUGCUUGCAUGGGAAUUGAUGUUGAACUAUUACACAAAAUUAAGGGUGUAAUUGAGUGUCCCAGUCCAGAUAAAGACGUCAGAAGAUUUGAUGCAAACAUGCGUUUGUACCCCCCUUUUAUUGAUAAUGAUGUAUGCCCUUUAACCAUUAAAAACACAAUUCUUCAGUCAUGUUACUUGAGAAAUACUGAGUGGGCAUGUGGAGUUGCUAUCUAUACAGGAAACGAAACCAAAUUGGGCAUGAGUAGGGGUAUCCCAGAACCAAAGCUCACUGCUAUGGAUGCCAUGAUCGACAAGUUGACUGGUGCUAUAUUUAUAUUCCAAAUUGUUGUUGUAUUGGUUCUUGGCAUAGCGGGUAAUGUUUGGAAGGACACAGAAGCAAGAAAACAAUGGUAUGUUCUUUACCCUCAUGAAGGCCCUUGGUAUGAGUUAUUGGUAAUUCCUUUGCGGUUCGAGCUUCUUUGUUCCAUCAUGAUACCCAUUUCAAUUAAGGUAUCUCUGGAUUUAAUGAAGAGCUUGUAUGCAAAGUUUAUUGACUGGGACCAUCAAAUGAUUGACCUAGAGACUAGCAUUCCAUCUCAUGCAACAAAUACAGCGAUAAGCGAGGACCUUGGACAAGUAGAGUACAUUUUGACAGACAAAACAGGCACCUUGACUGAAAAUAAGAUGAUAUUCAGAAGAUGUUGUAUUAAUGGAAUUUUCUAUGGAAAUGAGAGUGGAGAUGCAUUGAAAGAUGUAGAGCUUCUUAAUGCUGUUUCCAGUGGUUCUCCUGAUGCUGUACUAUUUCUUACAAUUAUGGCAAUAUGUAAUACUGUCAUACCCACACGAAGCAAAACUGGAGAUAUCUUGUAUAAGGCACAGUCUCAGGAUGAAGAUGCUCUUGUUCAAGCUGCUGCUCAGCUGCAUAUGAUUUUCUUCAAUAAAAGUGGAAACAUUCUUGAAGUCAAGUUCAACACUACUAUACUUCAGUAUGAAGUCCUGGAGAUCUUAGAGUUCACUUCUGAUAGGAAAAGAAUGUCAGUAGUGUUGAAAGAUUGCCAAAAUGGAAAGAUCCUUCUCCUGUCAAAGGGAGCAGAUGAGGCUAUUCUUCCAUAUGCUCGUGCUGGGCAGCAAACCCGUCACUUCAUUGAAGCUGUGGAACAAUAUGCUCACUUGGGAUUACGUACACUAUGUUUGGCUUGGCGCGAGUUAAAGAAAGAUGAAUAUCAAGAUUGGUCUUUGAUGUUUAAAGAAGCUAGUAGCACUUUGGUUGAUAGGGAGUGGAGGGUAGCUGAGGUCUGCCAAAGAGUAGAACAUGACUUGGAAAUUCUUGGUGUUACGGCGAUAGAAGAUCGCUUACAGGAUGGAGUUCCUGAAACAAUAGAAACACUAAGGAAAGCUGGAAUAAAUUUUUGGAUGCUAACAGGAGACAAACAGAAUACUGCAAUACAAAUUGCCCUGUCAUGUAAUUUUAUUUCCCCAGAACCGAAGGGACAGCUUCUACUAAUUGAUGGAAAAACAGAAGAUGAAGUUUGUAGAAGUUUAGAAAGAGUGCUUCGUACAAUGCGGAUAACUACCUCAGAGCCCAAGGAUGUGGCUUUUGUUGUUGAUGGAUGGGCUCUUGAGAUAGCUCUUAAACACUACCUCAAAGCUUUCACUGAGCUGGCAGUAUUGUCAAGGACUGCUAUAUGCUGUCGUGUGACACCGUCGCAAAAAGCACAGCUUGUACAGAUAUUAAAAUCAUGUGAUUAUAGAACAUUGGCAAUUGGUGAUGGAGGAAAUGAUGUAAGGAUGAUACAACAAGCAGAUAUUGGUGUGGGCAUAAGUGGCAGAGAAGGAUUGCAGGCAGCAAGAGCAGCUGAUUACAGCAUUGGAAAGUUUAGAUUCCUAAAGAGAUUAAUUUUGGUCCAUGGCCGGUAUUCAUACAACCGUACAGCAUUUCUCUCCCAAUAUUCAUUCUAUAAGUCCUUGUUGAUAUGCUUCAUCCAAAUCUUUUUUUCAUUUAUUUCGGGUGUCUCUGGGACCAGCCUCUUCAAUUCUGUUAGCUUGAUGGCUUAUAAUGUUUUCUACACUAGUGUUCCUGUUCUGGUCAGUGUGCUUGACAAAGAUCUUAGUGAGGAAACUGUGCUCCGCCAUCCUCAAAUUUUAUUCUACUGCCAAGCAGGAAGGCUUCUAAAUCCUAGUACAUUUGCUGGAUGGUUUGGGCGAUCCCUCUUCCAUGCAGUAGUUGUAUUUAUAAUAAGCAUACAUUCAUAUGCCUACGAUAAGAGUGAAAUGGAGGAGGUUUCUAUGGUUGCACUUUCUGGUUGUAUAUGGUUGCAGGCUUUUGUAAUAACAAUGGAGACCAAUUCAUUUACAAUAUUGCAAUAUCUGGCUAUAUGGGGCAACUUGGCUGCCUUUUAUGUCAUCAACUGGAUCUUUAGUGCUCUUCCUUCGUCAGGGAUGUAUACAAUUAUGUUCCGGUUGUGUCGACAACCGUCAUAUUGGAUAACAAUAUUUCUCAUGACUGCAGCUGGGAUGGGUCCAAUUCUAGCCAUCAAGUACUUUAGAUAUACAUAUAAAUCGAGCAAAAUCAACAUACUUCAGCAGGCUGAGCGCGUAGGGGGACCGAUUUUGUCUCUUGCCACCAUUGAGCCUCAGCUCAGAUCUAUGGAGAAAGAUGUUUCUACCUUGUCAAUAGCACAACCCAAAAACAGAAAUCCUGUAUUUGAACCUCUGCUAUCAGAUUCUCCAAAUUCCACGAGAAGAUCUUUCGGACCAGGAGCACCAUUUGAUUUUUUUCAGCCACAGUCAAGAUUAUCAUUUUCUAACUACACGAGAAAUAGCAAGGACAAGUGA